AUUUAUGUGUGCUCUCCCAAACGAAAACUAGCGAGAGCAAAGAAGCAAGAUAGGAAGAGGAACAACGAGCGAGGGGAUUUUGAAUACUAUUUGUAAACUUUUCAAAGAUCUUCAGAAUCACCCUCCUCCCUCCCUGCCUCUCGCUCUUCACAAAUAAGGGUAAUAUGGCUGCCACGGUGGCACAAAUGGCUACGGUUGUCUCGCUGUUGGGCGCGGUUUCUUUUAUUUUAGGGGUUCUUGCUGAAAACAAGAAGCCUGCAGCUGGAACAGCAGUACCUGGAGGUGACGGUGUUAGUGUGAUCUGUAAGUACCCGGGUGAUCCGACUGUUGCAUUGGGGUAUCUCUCUGUCGUGUUUCUUAUCGCGUCGACGGUGGUUGGGUAUCUUGCUCUAUUUUACCCGUACAAAGGAAGGUCUGUGCCACAAGGGGCAAUGUUUAAGCACACAACUUUCAAUGCAUUCUUCAACAUUGCCUUGUUUACCACUGGAUUAGCCGUUGCUUUGCUUUUAUGGCCAACAAUCACUGAACAGGUUCACCUAAAAAACAAUGUACACCGUGAUCUCAGCUAUGAAUGCCCUACAGCCAAAACCGGUCUCCUCGGAGGUGGUGCAUUUUUAUCCCUGGAUUCAGCUCUGCUUUGGUUGAUUACCCUGAUGUUAGCUGACAAUGCUCGGGAGGAUUUCUUUGAUGAAACUACUUCUCAGGCUUAUGAUGGAGGUGUAGGAGUGAACUCCCUAUAACUGGCUGUCAACAAUUAUGUGAAAAAUUUAUGUAAAUAUAAUUUCAAAUGGUUGAUCUCGAAGGAUGUUUAUUGUGCUCCAAUCAGAUUGCAGUAAAAAAAAAUAGCUGUUUAUAAAAAGGGUUCUCUUUUAUUCCUUGAACUUACAACAAUUUUAUUUCAGUGCUACCUUA